AGACAGCUCCUUGUCUACCCCGCUCGAAUAAACAACACAAACCCAAUUCUACUAUCGUACACCUUCAAAUCGAUGGUUACUACAACCAUCGCCACUUAAGAAAAGAUGGAUCCACCCUCCAAAGCGACACAACCUCCACCGGCGACAGAAGAUCCACCCGUUCAGGAACAUUCAGGAGCACUAGAAGUCCCAUUGGAGCCAGAGCAUCCGCUAGCUGAAGAACAUCCACCAGUGCCAAAAGAUCUAUCGGGGCUAGAAGAUUCGCCAGUUCAAGCACAUCCACCGACGCCAGAAGAUAUAUCAGCACCGGAAGAUCCAUCUGUACAAGAACAUCCACGAGCGCCAGAACAUCCGUCUGAGCCAAAAUAUCCAUCCGAGCCAGAAAGUCUAUCCGAGCUAGAAAGUCUAUCUGAGCUAGAAUACCAAUCCGAACCAGACACUCUAUUAGCUCCGGGACAUUCACCAGCUUUAGACCAGGCAAAGUCACUUAGGUAUCACGAGGUUGAUCAUUGGCAACUAAAUCUUUCAGGGGAACGGAAGGGACCGAGCCCCUUGGAAAAGAGAUCUACCAUUGAUACCCUUCUCACAACAGGGUCUCCCGACCACCUUCUGAUCCACGACCUUGAGAUCUUUUUCCUCCCCAAAAUUCAUGUGGAUGAAGGUGAUCGGCCAAAAAAUGACCCGGAUUUCCAAGUUCUGCUUGACGACCGUGAAGUAUGCAGCGAGUUGACGACACACCUGCAUUUGGAUCCGCUCUUCCUGACAAAGGAAGGCUGGGAUUCCAAUGGAUUCCUACUGGGCCAGCAAGACUGGCAUACGCAUAAGGACAUAGCUCACAGUUAUACCUACGCUACUCGAUUUCUGAUCAAAUUCCUACGAGAAGAGAAUGUGCAACAUGACGCAGAUUACAAGUGGCUUUACUUGUCAUUUAGCGUGCUAUGGGUCAAAACGAAUCAAGAUAAGGCGUCUUGUAUUCUCGUGUGCUUCGACGAUUCCAUCCUAAUCAAAGACGAGAUUGUGGAAGCGUGCAAGGCCUACUGUCUCAGUAACAUCAAGCAGACACCUUUCUCUGUAUAUGAUGCUUUGCUACGAGCCGUUGUCAUGCAAUAUGAUACGGCGCUUUGGUUGUUCAGGGAGCCUGUCCGCAAGAUUGAAAAGGAACGUCGCGAGUUUGCACGCACCAUUUUGGCGUUGCGAAGCCGGACAGUGGGCCCUGAUAAUCCUGUAACAGAUCUUUACAUGGAGAUGCACGAGCUCUCACGCCACGCAAUUCAUAUGAGCGAAACGCUCCAAGUGGCGGCAAAGACGGUGAAAUCAACCUUACGAUAUGUUGAUUCACACCCCCUACCCGACGAAUCUAAAGCGGGAGUGGCGAAUACCAUCGCCGGGCUCCAGUUUUCCGCCAGCUUCCUUGCAAACCUGAAACUGAGAGCAGAUGCGUUCGUUGACAGACUUGAAAAUGAGAUACGACUGGCCUACAAUAUUGUCAGCAUAAACCAGCUGCAAAGCAACCAGGAACUUCUGGAAAACACUCAGGAUCUUCUGGAUCACACCCGGACGAUUCUUCAACAAUCCAAAGAUGACGGAAAAGAUUUCACGAAACGUGUAACAUUUCUGACAUUCAUCUUUCUUCCUCUGUCAUUUGCGACUGGUUUCUGGGGUAUGAAUUUCAUCGCAACAGAAAAUGAUACUACCUCUAUAGCUCGAGAUGUUUGGAAAUUUGUCGCGUCGGCUGUAGGGUUAAUCCUCUGUUGUUUUGCUGUGGACAUGGGGUUACGUUGGCGUGGUGAACAUAAGAAGCCUUCUGUCUCUAGCCCUGACGCAGUAUAAUAUGGUAUGUUUGGAAUGAUUAGCCUUCAGUCACAUAGGGGACAUAGUAUACUUACUUUAUUCAAUCGGAGAGCUUUUUUGUCAAGGGGCCGUAUUUACAUUCAGUUUAGUUUAUCCAGUUUUACUUUAUAUUGUUC